AUGAUCCGAAACAAUGGAAGAGUCAAAACAAGACGGGCGGAAACUGAGAAUGAAAAUUUUCCAAAUGAAAAUUCUCAAUCAGUGCCAAAGAAAAGAAAAAUUCAGGCUUCUCAGCCCGUGGCGAAGAAGAGAAAAACGGAGCAACCUCAAAAAACCGACAGGAAGGACGAAAUCAGAAUUCUGAGGGAGGAGUUAGAGAAGGCAGAAAAAAAAUACCGUGAAGCUGGAAAGUUUAUUAUUGAAGAAACAGGAAGAUUGAAGAGAGAUAACGUUCAACUCGAGGAGGAGGCUAAGCACCAUGGCGAACAAUUUCGGUACAUUAAAUAUAAAAUUGACAGAGAGCUAGUUUGGAAAAAGCAAGAAAAAGAGGCUCUUGCUAGGACCUUGGACAAAGGUCAAGAAGCAGAUAAAGCAGAUGACGAUGUAUUUGCCAAAGAAGAAAGAAUGGCACAGUCUUAUCUCGAGACGAUCAAUAAUCUUAAAGAGAAAAUCAAAAAUUCGGACAUGACAGCAGCCAGGGCGAUGGCUUCAAGGAAAGCUUGCGAGAUGUGUCAAAUAGAAUUCAAUGAGAACUUUAACGAGAGUGUUCCAAAAAUUUUGCCUUGCGGACAUACAGUAUGUUUGGGCUGUAUCAAGGAACUUUACACCGAUGGACACGUUCGAUGCCCUUCCGAUCGUUGGUACACAAAACUCGACGAAUCCCCAGAAUCUCUUCCAACUAAUUUUGCUGCUCUCUGA